GUCUAACCAGCAUAAAGCCUAUUGUCUCAGACCCCUUGGUGGUGCAACAGGUAUAAAUUCGACACUGUACUACUAGAUUCACGACUGGGUGUACGUCCAGCUAGUGCAGCCGGCCCUGGGACUUGAAAUUCCAUAUAAAACGGCUCCAGACUUUCUGCUCCCCGUCUUUCAGCGAUUCUUCAAUCCGCCGACCGCGGCGACGCAGAGCGAGGAUCAUAGGACAACACCAGCCACAUCCUGAAAGCGACACAUGCUGGCUUUACACGCUACACAGAGCUGGAUACUUCAGUUUCACUCCUCCUUUAGAGCUUUUAAGAGAGAUCCAAAGCCUUCUUCAAAUCGACCUGUUUAAAUCCAAGAAUGUCAAGCACAAGUUCAACUAGAACUCUAUUUGGCCAUCUGACUGGUAUAGUGGCUAUUGCCGGUCUCGUCUCUCUGACUCUCUUGUAUUUCUGGACUUCAUUUCUGACCAACUGUCCACCUCAACUUCCUCAAUUUAAACAACUCUCAGAUGGACAACAUGAAGAGAAGAACAACUCAAUUGCUGAAGAAACAGUGGAGAAACCUGUACUUUUGUUAUGGGUCUGGCCUCAAAAUUACAGAUUUGAUCUGAGCGACUGUAAAACCAUUUACAAUAUUGAUGGCUGUCACCUGACGGACGAUAGAGCUCUCUACAGCAGUUCAGACGCAGUCCUUGUUUUUCACAAGGCUAUUAGUUGGGACCUGUCCACCCUUCCACCAUCUCCUCGUCCCUCGUUCCAAAAGUGGAUCUGGCUUAAUGUAGAAUCGCCAACAAACACGCAGAAAAUUCCAGGGAUUGAAAACCUCUUUAAUCUGACUCUCAGUUAUAGAGAGGACGCUGACAUUCCUGUGCGGUUGAGACUGACAGGCAACAAAACUCCAAAUGAGGAUUUUAAAAUUCCCAAAAAGGACAAACUGGUCUGUUGGAUCGUAAGUAAUAAUGCUGCCCAUACAGGUGUCGGCAGGAGGAACGCUUACUACAAUGAACUUAAAAAGCAUGUCAAUAUACACAUGUUUGGAAGCGCUUAUGCUGGAAGACUAGCUGAAAAAGACUAUUAUCCCACCAUAGCCAGCUGCAAAUUUUAUCUGUCUUUUGAGAAUUCCAUCCACAAGGACUACAUCACAGAAAAGUUCAAUGGACCUCUGUCAGCAGGUACUGUACCUGUGGUGCUGGGACCUCCCAGAAAGAACUAUGAGAGGUUUGCACCGCAUGAUGCCUUCAUUCACGUGGACGACUUCCCAGACGCAAAGUCACUGGCAGAAUAUCUGACGCAGCUGGACAGAGAUGAAGAUGCGUAUCGCAGGUACUUUAACUGGAGGAGACAUUGCUCAGCAAGACCUCAUUUAAUAGUACAGAAUCAAGAGUUUGUUCUGGCCAUUUGCACGGCCUGCGAUCAUGUAGCGAGACACAAGGAAUAUCAAGAAGCUCAUGAUAUCUAUGAAUGGUUUUUUAACUAAAGUAUGCUUUGUGAUGUCAA